GUUCGAUUCCCGGCCGGAGAGUGUGAACUAUUCAACAUCCUUUCUGCGGCUUUUCCGGUGUGCAUUGCAUUGCCACGUCAGUCAGUUGCGGUCUGUCUUUCCGGUGUGAUUUGCAUCGCCACAUCAUCCUUGGCCUUUCCGGUGUCGCUGACUGUCUCUCUCCUUCGUUCACGGCGGCAUUUUGACCCCCGCGGCCCGCCGCCGGGAAUGUGUGUUGUGAGUCCUGAUCACGUGGAUGGCCUGCUACAUUUGCCACAGUCCUCCCAGAUCUGCUAAGCUCGCACAGGAGCUCGCAAUUGAACCCGCUUUGGGCGUGGAGUUUAGGAGUCUUGGCUGAAUGCCGGUCGUCUCGUCGUCCGAAGGCCCUGUCGUCAUGGUACGCGCACCACACACACAGAUGCGCAGUCAGGACGGGCCGAUAUGGCGGCUCGAGCUGGUGGCGUGAGGCGAGGGAGUCGAGGAGUGCCGUCUCUUACUUUGCUACGGACGGGCUUAUUUAUGUCGCGCUAGAGUGAUGCAGAAGCUGCCUUUUAUCUACUACUAUCAUCUAUUCUCUUGCGAGACUUCAGCUUUAGCUAUUGGCUGCCGAAUGAUCCCACGCUCUGCUAUGUAGUGUGUCUGACUGACUCAUCGACUGAUUCAUACACGACGCACUGUGGCCCUUGUUACCUGUCCCUCCCUCCACGCGCGCGCGCGUGUGUGUGUAUGUGUGUGUGUGCAGGACACCGAGAGCCACGGCGGUUACGUGAGUGCAUCGCUGGUCAAGGGCGAAUCGCAUGUGCCCCGCCCCCUCCACCCCCACCACUCCCACCCGCCUCACCCAUCGGACGUCCACAACAGUUGGGAUGAGGUCAUGAUGGGGGGUGACGAGGAGGAGGAGGAGACCAUGGAGAGCCGGGGAGAGGGGGACGGGGGAGAGGGGGGAGAGGGCGACGAGCAACACCCGCAGCACGGCAGCAGCAGGGACGAGGCGCAGAUCGUCAUGGACGCCGAGAGCGCUCUGCAGAGGUACUACGGAUGGGCGGAGAGUGGGUGGGGUGCGUGGUGUGACAUGUGCCUGUCGUGUCCAUUUAUUUCUCUUUCUGUGUUUUUGUUUGCUUGUGUAUGUGAUGUGAUGUGCAGUGUGUGUGGGAGAGGUGGUGUGAAGGAUAUGAAUGCAGCGACACACCAUGCACACACACUCAUCAAGAUGGCCAGGGAGGCGGAAACGGUCAGUCAGCAAGCAAAGCAACCAAGCAAACAAGACUGCCUCAGGUCUGUGUGCCUAUGUGUGUGUGUGUGCAUUCGUCAUUCAGGUGGGCUGCCGCACUGAGUCUCUGCGGUGCCUGGUGCAGUACAUCCAGGCCAUCCCAGCCGCAUACAACGACACUGCCGAGGCCCUAUUCGCUAGCUGCAAAGACACAGACCAACAGGCAGGCAACCACCACACACACACCGACGAACGAACAUCCGGACAUCCAUCCUUCCCGUACUGCGGUCUGUGUUUCAGGUGUCCGACUACGCCACGAGCCUGCUGCCGUGUCUGUGCACCACUGCGCCCUCUGACGAGUGCCGCCGACGCGUGCUCGACUUCACUCUGGGAGUUUACCAUCAGCAGUGUCGCCAUGUGAGCGGUGUCGGUGAGGGGGCAGCGGGGCAGGACGUGUGCGACCUGCCCGUCACAUCUGCGCUCGCACAAAUCGCAUACCAGUUCCCACAGGGUAACUGAACUGACAGACGAACUCGGCUGGAAUGCUUCACGGAUGGAUGGAUGGAUGGUCAGAGUGUCUUGACGGCCUGGUUGACACGAGUGUCAUGGCGGCAUUUGGCGCGUCGACGGCCGCUGUGAAUGCGCACUUCAUCAGCAGACAGGUAAGUAGGUCGGUCGGUCCGCCAAACAAGCUCUUGGUGGCCCACCCCGUCUGUAUAAGUGUGUGUGUGUGUGUGUCUGUGUGUGGUGCAGUGGCUGGCCUACGAGCAGCGUCACCCACUCACCGGCACCGUGAGCGGGCGAGACCUGCACGAACGGCGCAUACAACACGCGGAGAUCAUCCUGCAGCAGGUCGGUGGCGGUGCGGUGGGCGUCACUGCUUCACGGCUCAUCUAAUCUUAUCCAAUCAUCAUUCUUUUCUUUGUGCUGUGUCAUGAACGUGACGUGUGCAGUUGGCGUCAGCGGACCAUCCCGAGUUGACCGAGAGCAUAUCGGCUCUGCACCAGUGCUGGGUGGCCCUCUACGCAGCUCACAUUCCCACGCAGACACAGCACCCUGAAGACACAGACAGGGACAAUGGUACAUACGGACCAGAGAGAAACCGACACACACACACACACACGCACACACAGGGCGAUGCAUGCUCAUGGGCAUGAACCUACCUUGGUUUGUGUGUUGUAGGUGAGUAUGGCGAUAGUGCCGAGGGUUUGGUGGCAGAUAGUGUGGGUGGCGAGGCGAGCAAGGAGAUGGCCGAGGGGGAUGAAGAGGGGGAGAUUGAGGUGGGCCCGGCCCGCUAUACACAACACACACGGCGAGAGAGAGAGCGACGCGACACGUGUGGCAUGGGUUGGUUAUUCAUGUGUGCCAUAUUAUCAAAUUAUCAAUCAGGAGGACGAAAUCCCGUAUGAGCGGCUCCCCGACCACAACUCGCCAAAUGGUGACAGCACAGCACAGCACAGCACAGCACACAACACACCAAAUGGAAAGACCUGUGUUGCAAUGCAAUUGUGUCCCGUAUGUUGCGUUGCGUGUGGUGUGUGUGGUAUCAUCUAACAUCAGUGUGUGUGUUCAUUUUCAACCUGGAGCCGUCGAUGGACCCCACGGAGCUCCGCACACGCCUCGAGCGGUACGGCGACAUCGCCGCCAUGGAGCCCUCGUCAACCAAACCCACGAGAGUCCAAUUCAAACGCAUCGAAGACGCCAAGGUGGGUGGGUUGAUUACCAUACCAGUAGACUCACUCACAGAGAGAGAGGGGCACCGCAUGGCAUGCAUUUGUCAUCUCAUCCAUCCAUCAGUCGGCGAAGCGAGGUCUCGAUGGCAAGAAGGUGGGCAACCGCGUGCUGCAAGUGCUGUUCGCCAACCUGGACGGCUCCUGCCCUGGCACCACACCACCACCGCCCACAUCCACACCCGAACACCCACACAACAUCAUGCCGCCCAACCCCCAUUGUGGCCCCUUCCCGCCCCCUCUGCUCCCGAUGUCUCUGCCCCCACUCGCUCGCCCUCCGAUGGGCUUGCCCCCGCCGCCGCCGGCGGCCGUCUUUCCUCCGCCACCGAUGGUGUCCCCAUUGCCCCCUUUGCUGCCAAUGGUGAGGCCCGCUCACCUCAUGCCGAUUGUUGGUGUGGACUUGGGCGUGGAUGCCGUCAAGGGGCUGCUGGGACCGAAGCCGCCCGAUGAGGCGAUCGGAGGGCGAGGGGAAGGGGGAGAGGGAGAUGGGGACAGAGAGCUGGGGGCCAUGAAGGUCGGCGAUGAAGGUCGGUGAGAAACAGGAGCCAGCCAGCGAUCCUGAUGUACAUCUUUCUCUCCCCCCCCUGUCUGUCUGUGUGCGUGUGUCGAUCAGAGAGAGCGCCACGUGACGACAUGGCAAUUGAGAGGCCCCUCUCCGUCGACGGCUCUGCCAGCGCCCCACGCGAGCACCCAGAGGACGACCACACGCCCCCUGACACCAACAACAAGAUGGACACCACCAUUGCCACCACCAGUAAUAGCAAACCAGACACAGACGCGCUUCCUCUCCCCCACACCGUCCCCCUCCCAGAGCGCGUCAAGACCGCCGCUCAGCAGGAGGGCCACAGACACGUCUUCGGUGGUCGCAAGCGCCUAGGUGACAACGCCAAGGACGACAAGCGAGCAGCGGCAUCCUCACGCUCAUCUCGCGACUCGCCCCCGCGUCGUGACAUCACCCCUGACUGCGACCGUGGUGGGAACAAGCGUGGCUUCCACGCCACCCUGACAGGCGGCAGUGGCAGCGACCGCCCCAAUGGGACUGCAGCGAGCCACCAUCAGCAGCAGAAUGGCCGUGAGCAGGGCAGAGAUGACAGGGGAGCUGGUGGGCGGGACGGAAGGGAUGACCGCAAUGGGCGACGGGAGAGACGGGACGAUCGGGACGACCGGGACGACAGCGGCAGCAGGGACCGAGACAGAGACAGGAGGGGCCGUGACCGCGGCGAGAGGGACAGGGAGAGGGAGAGGGACAGGCCACGAAGGCGGUAUGUGAGCAAUUUGGUGUCGCAAUGGCGAGAGGGGGGCGACAUUCGCGAGCAGAUGGAGGAGUACAAGCGAAUGAGGGAGGGCAAGAACCUCCACAACCGGUACGGUACGCGAGUCACUCACUUACAGUGAGUGCAGUGAAUGGGAUGUGUUUGCUCUUCAUGCCUGCCAUGCCAGUAGGGAUGUGUGUGUGUGUGUGUGUGUGUGUGCAGCUAUGUGCUGAUUGACGACCUGCCGUCGUUCUGGAGGGACAGGCCAGAAGCCCUCCAUCGAUACAUCAGAUCCCAAAUCGCCGAAGUUGUCGACGUGAGCAAAGCGAGAUAGAUAGAUCAGACAGAUCAGCAGCCGCACACGCACACAUGAAGGAAGGCAGCACAGAGCAGAGCCACGUAUGCAUCAGCUCGUGUGCGUCUGUGCGUGUCUGUGUGUCUGUGUGCUGGGCUUGCGCGCAGGUGACCAUAGUAGAGGACCGCGAUGGCACGCUCGCCGCCCACGUGUCGUUCAAAGUCAUCAAGGCGGCCAUCGAAGCAUGCACACGACUCAGAGAGGUAGGUACCAGCCCACCUUGGCAGCCAACCACCAUGCGCACGCACAUCACACCAUGGAAAAGUGUGUGGUGGUGGUGUGUGUGUGUGGGUGUGUGGGUGUGUGCAGCUGCCGUGCAGCGACGAGCGCAACGCGCGCAAAGUGAGGGUGCGGAUCGAAUUCGCUCCGCCGAUCAAGGCAAACCACACACUGUGGUUCGGCAACCUCAUGGGUACCCCCUUGACCCCACGACACACACACACACACACAUAUAUAUAUGGGUAGAUGGACCGAUGGCUGUGUGUGUGUGUGUGUGUGUUCGCACAUCCAUCAGAGUUCCGCCGUGAUCAGUUCCACGACGUGUACGGGUGGGUAGAGGGGUACGGCGACCCCGUGUACGUGCGGAGCAUCAGUGAGCGCAACUGCGCCUUUGUCAAGAUGGGCAGCAAGGAGGAGGCCAUCCAAGUCAGAAACCACCUCUACGGAUUCCAAUUCGGGUCAGACACUCAGACAUGGCAGGCAGAGAUGGCAGCACAUGCACAACGGCCAACUGACUGACACCUGUGUGUGUGUGUGUGUGUAUAUGUGUGUGUUGCUGUCUGCAGUGUGACUCCCAGUCAGUGUUUGAAUGUCGACUUCGUCGACCAGGGCACAGAACCAAACAACCCGGGAGGUUAGCCAGCCGAGAUGGAUGACCACAAUGACCACAAAUAAUGACCACACUCACGCACCCAACCCACCCACAUCUGCCCUCUCUCUCUCUCCAUCUCUCUCUCUCUCUCUCUCUCCCUCCAGCAGUGGGUGCUGGCUGGAUCUACAUCCGCGACGUCAACAGGCAGCCCCAUUCCCAUCCCUAUCCCCCGCCCCGGGCCAGCAGCAGCAAGCGUGGGCGCUCCCGGAGCUCCUCACACGACUCCAGGGACAAGAGGAGGCGCAUUUCAGCCGCGGCAGCAGCAAGUGGGGGAAGACACGAACGACACGAGCGGCAGGAGCGACAGGAGCGUGAGCGGCCGGAGCGUCCUCCGGAGCGGCUGUCAGAUCGUCAGGAACGGCUGCCGCCCCCCCGCACCCCCACGCCCACGCCCACGCCACAGCAGCCGGUGGAAGGCGCACCGGUUCCCAGAGAGGUCAGGAUGCUUCUGACACGAGGCAGGGGAGAGAGGGGCAAGAUAUAUGGGUUUCUUGGUGUCUGAUUGCGUGUGUGUGUGUGUGUGUGUGGCAAUGUCAGUUCAAGGGUCCUUUCGCUCUGCUGCUGACAAACCUGCCCUAUGACGCCGACAGGAAGGAAAUCGACGACUUCUUCAGGCCAUACGCAGUCAGUAGCCAACACAGACCCACAGACACACACAUGGGUGGAUGCGUCUCUCUCUCCGUCUGUGCGCUGGUGUGUGGAUGGAUGGCAUGGCUGGGUGCGGUGCAGCCGACGUCGAUAAGGAUAGAGAAGCUCUCGCGGUCCAGCCGAGGCGUCCUGUCGCCCACCGGCCGCUGCACCGUGGAAUUCAAAAACCGGCGCGACUUCGAUGGCGCGUGGCACUAUGACGGACGGGUAACGUAUAUGACACCGCCGCCCCCCCAACCACGCAUCACGAAAUGUAUGUGUGUGUUUCCGUCAUUUAGAGGUUGAUGGGUCGCGAGAUCAGCGUCCAGCUGGCAGAGGAGAUCUCCGGCUUCAGACAGGUGCCCGGAGGGUCGCACAAGGGCAGCGGCAGCGGCAGGGCCAGCAGUGGUGGUGGCGCCCCACACCCACAGAAGCCGACAAGCAGCGUUCGAGACAGAGACAGAGACAGAGACAGAGAGAGAGACAUGGGUGGAGACAGAGACAGAGCAGCCGCCUACAGUGAGCUCCACAACGCCCACCACCUCAUCUAUCCGUCCAUCCCACUUCGCUGUCUGUCUCCUUUAUCCAUCAGACGGCCGCGAGGCCCCCCUUCGCCGUGAGAGCGACCUCAGCAGUCGUGAUCGAGAUCGAGAUCUGGAGCGCUCCCGUGAGGCUCUCCCACGUGACCGUCGACCAACCACCGAUAGACAAAGGGAGAGGGAGAGGGAGAGGGAGAGGCCUGCUGGUGUGGGCAUGGGUGUGGGCGUGGGUGUGGUUGAGAGGGAGGGGAGGGAGAAGCGUAUAGUGUUGGGCGACCGCAAGCCGUCCGAGGCGAUGCACCUGGCCAUCUACAAGCAGGAGGUGCACACGUGUGACGUGACGGCACGAUAUGUCAGGGGAAACAUCGACAUCAAACCGUGAGUGGGCAAACACUCAGACGGACGGACGAAGGGAAGUUUUGGGGCAGGGAAUACACGCCUGUGUGUGGUUGUGGUUGUGGUUGUGGUUGUGGUGGUUUGUGUGGUGUGCAGUAUGCUGCGUGUGGAGCUGAAGCAGCGAGUGACGGCGGACAGCGUGCGGCAGCACAUCACACGACAGGCCAAACAGCACUCCGUAUGGCACGCCGUACCCGGUGGGUGUGUAUGCCAAACCGACACACCACAAAAUAACACACCCACAUGCACAGACACACACACACAAUGGAUUCUCCCUCUCUCUCUCUCUCUGUGUGUGUGUGUGCGUGUGUGUGUAUGUGUGUUCGUUCAGACUCGGAUAGCGACCGUCAUGGGUGUGAGGAGCUCUCCGCAUACUUUGUGCAGAAGGGCAGAGUGGGGCUCGCCGAGGUCUGCACACACGCACACACAUGCGCACGCCGGCCACUGUUCGUGUGUGUGGUGUGUUGUGGUGUGAUGGGGGGUUGUGCAGACGAACGAGAUGUCUUUGUACUUCGUCCCGCCUCACGACGCCUUCAUCAAGGACAUCGGGGUACCCACAGCACAGCACACUGACUGACACACACACACAGAUCCGAGAUGAGAUGAGAUGCCUCUCUCUCUUAUGUAUGUCUGCACACACACGUGACGUCUCUCUCUCUCUCUCUCUGUGUGUGUGUGUGUAGCUAUCCUUCUCCAAGCACGUGACGGUCAUAGCGGCUGUCAAUGACGAGUGAGUGACGGCGUAUAGGCCCCAUCCACAUGUGCGGUGCUGCACGGAUUUUUGCCGACGGCGAGACAAGACGGCCCUGUGUGUGUGAGUGCGUUUGAUGGGUGGGGUGGGAUGCAUGAGAUUUCCAAGGGAUAAUUAUGAAACAAAGGGGUAGCUGAGCUGCUUCAGUCAGUACAUAAGGCUCUCUGCAGGCGGCCAGGCUUGUCUGUCCGUAUGUCUUGCUGGAUGGAUGGAUGGAUUUACUAUAGGCGCACACAGACACGCCCACGCUCUCACACACACGUGUGCCAUCGAUCGCAUCCCACCCCUGCCUGCUUUGCUUGCAUCUGAUCUCGUGCGACACUUGAAUUAGUUGGAGGUCCACACCGAUGGAUGGACACACCGAUGGAUGCAUGGAUGGGUGGAUGGACCCCAUUAUGACGUUUUCGUGGUUUGCUUGCAACUUUCACAACAGC